UUGCUGAUUUUGUAUUCCACCUGACAUCGUGAGUGCCUUUAUAGACACAUUGCCUGUCUUGGAGGGGUUCUUACCAUUGCCACCCUGGGCAUUGGCAUCUCUGCUCAGCAGCUGAUAACAAUGCGAAUUGACAAUGUCCCGGAUCUUGAUGCCUCUGGACUUCCAGCCCCCGGACCCGUGUUCCCCCGUACGACGACAGUGCAUGGAAGUGGAACCUCAAUACAAUUGCCAUUCUCGACCGAUCUUGCCUUGAGCGCGGGAUUCCUAUCCACGCAUGUCAAUUUUCUAGAAGUGGUCUGUCCAACGGGGAACUGUACGUGGCCAAUCAUUCCUACCAUUGGUGUCUGUGGCGCUUGCGACAACGCCACGAGCCGUAUUAAAGUUCUAGACCGGGACCCAAGCUCAUGCGGUGUCGUUCUGUCCAAGGGGGCCAAUUUUGGUUUUCGGCCCUGCGAUGGUAUCGAUGUCGAUGCUGUCGAAGGCGGGCUGAAGCUAAAAUAUUUCCAAAUGCAGACUUUGUGGCUUCAGAGCGAAACGGACAUAGUCCCAUUUCCUGGAGGUCCCAGAGAAGACCGCAUAAUAUUCGCCGAGUUUGCGGUCAUUGGGACUUCCCUCAACGUAUCAUCAGAUUUGUUUAAUUAUUCCAUCCCGGAAGACCCUCAGGCAUACCACUGCGGUCUCUGGUACUGCGUUGAGGCUCAUGAAGUGCGUGUAGACGCAGGCAUCCUGAGAGAGGAGGUUGUCGGAGCUUGGAGUGAAGCACGUUUGGACGCCGACUACGGUGGAGGGACCUUUCAGAACCUCCCAGACUCAUUCUCCGCAGACCCGGCCGAGGAAUUCAAAGUGAUUGAGCCCUUCAUCUUCUCGGACCUCAAUGGUAAUGCAUCUAUAACCGACCUGUCUGAAGGGAGCGUUUCGUUUUAUGACACGCGAACGACGCGCGGAAAGGCUCUGCAUGAAGCCUUUGGCGAUAUGGACUCGUUCAUCGCCAAGGUCGCAAGGAGUCUGUCUAACGACGCCCGUGCGAAUUCCACUCCAACAACGCGCGGCACCUGGUACCGAGGAACCUCAUACGUAAACCAGGUCAACGUCGUCGUGCGAUGGCCCUGGAUCACGUUUCAGAUAGUCAUGGUGCUGCUCUCCUUUCUUUAUCUUGUGACCGAGAUGAUCAGGACGGCAAGAAAGCCCGACGUACGGCCUUGGAAAGACGAUGCGCUGGUACCGCUUUGGAUCGAGUUGGACAAGGACAUGAGAGAACAGGCUGCCAAGGGACUAGAUGAGCCCGAUGGGAUCAGACGGCGGAUUGGCAAAGAUUCGGUACAGCUUUUGAGUGGAGGGAAGGGAUUGCGGAUUCCGGCUGCUACAGGAUGAGAUUUCGAGUGGGUAUAACCAUAUACAUAGGGUUUACGUUGUUAUUAGUCUUGAUGUGACACCUAGGUGAAGAGGCUGCUGCAUGCUGUGAAGCCAGUUUAUAAAGCAGACUACGUUCUAUACCCAGCUUAUAGAAUUCGAGUCUUUAGCCUCUAUAGAGAAUUGCAG